AAUAAAACUACUACUUACUUACUACUUUACUAAAUCGAGUUUUCAAUGGUUUUGAAUUUUAAAUGCUAAAAUGUCUUUACUGUUACAAAAAAUUGCAACGAAGCAUGUUAAAACAUUAAUAAUAAAAUAUGAGCCGUGCGUUCUAGUUAUAUCCAAUCGAAAAUUGAACAUUGUACCAUCAUUUUACGAUGGCGAACAAGACCCGGCUCCAAAGUUUUUUACACCAAAUGUACAGAAUCUAUUAAAGAGAUUGACUCGGCCAGAUUUUACUAAAGUUUUCCGCAAGAGAAACAAUCAAGGUCUACAUGCCCUUAAAACUCCCAAAUAUAAGUUUCUCACGAAAGAAGAGCUUGAAUUGGAAAUUGCUAAAGCUAAUGAAAAAGCCGAUGUGCUUCUUCAAAUACCUCCUGUCCUCAAAAUUCACAAACCCAUUGAUGAGGUUUUAUCAAGAGACCCAGCUUUGAUAGGAUAUGACACAUCAAAAUAUUUGUUUACCGACAUCACAUUUGGUAUUGCCAAUGAAGAGAGGAUUAUUAUUGAAAGAGACACUGAUGGAACUCUGCGCAGUUGUGAUCAUGAUAUCAGAAAGAAAUUAAAUCAGGUGUACUUUCCAAUAACCGGACGCAAAAUAAGAGAACCACACAUGUUUUCUGAUGAGGAAAAAUUUCACAAUCUGCUGGACAGGGGAGAGUACGAGUUUGUUCUGGAUCGAGCCUGCAUACAAUAUGAACCGGACGAACCAAUAUUCCAAAAGAUUACCAGUAUUACAUACCAGCAUGUGGACAAUAAUAAAUGUUACAACACAUUAAGAUCAACAAGACACUUUGGUUCAAUGACUUUUUACCUGACAUGGCAUCAGAGUAUUGAUAAUCUGAUGCUCGAGAUCAUACAAAGCGGUUUCAUCAGAGAGGCGGUUUUGCUUGCUGCGCUACGGCACGAUGUUCACAACGACGUGAGGGAAGGUACCGCGGCACAGUCUUUAGCUCAAGAAAUUUUUACCACACCUCUGCUGCUAUCUAAACUAGAACGUCUCACUGAGGAGGACAUUCAGCUUGACAGUAAAUGUAUUCAGUGCAUAGAGAAAUAUAUAGUGAGCAACUCGACGAUAAAGAGUCAACAUGAAUUAGCGCUGCAAGGCUUCAAAGAAGAUUUCCAGCACCUCUCCGAGCUUAGAAAGGGUUUAGAAAAAGCUCAUGGAAACGUUUAAUUUUGAUUAGAUGAUGGAUUGUGCAUUAAAUAUUUUAGUUAUUUGGGUUUUUUCAUUAAGCUUAAACAAGAUGCGAUACUUCGAAAAUCGAGUGAUUUUUGACUAAGAGUUCCGACGCGGAACUAACGCUGCAGAAACAGCUUGCAAUAUCAAGCACCGUUUGAUUUUGGUUUAAGCGCUUUCGUGAUGGAAAUUUUGAUUUGAAGAAC